UCUUUUAAGUUCUUCAAACUAAAGAAAUUAAGAUCAUGGAGAGAAGGAUAUGCAACAAUUGCCAUAGCCAACUUCAGGUACCUCCCAAGGCCACGACCAUUCGAUGCAAGUGUCAGGCGUUGUACACCGUCGGAUCAUCAUCCUCCCCUCGAGUUGAUCAUAACGGUUCAACCGCCCAAAAACAAGUUCCAAACUCUUCCAUGAAACUUUUAAGAAGCAGAAACAUCAACAACGACAAUAUUAGUAUCGAAACCUCACCUUGGCUAGGGUUUAGCGCGAACCUGUUAAACUCAACACGACGUCAACCGAGAAAGGCGCUUCUUAUUGGAGUAAGUUAUCAAGAUCAGAAAUAUCAGCUCAAUGGUACUAUUAAUGAUACCAAGAACAUGUGGAAUUUGCUCACAUAUCAACUUAGAUUUCCAAAAGAUGCUAUUUGUGUGCUAACAGACGACAACUUGAGCCUCUCACCCACAAAGGAGAACAUGCAAAGGGCAUUGAAGUGGCUCGUCCAAGACUGCCAAUUCGGGGACUCUCUAGUCUUCUACUUCUCGGGUCAUGGCCUUCGACAACACGAUUUCAAUAACGAUGAGAUUGAUGGCUACGACGAGACUCUCUGCCCGGUUGAUUUCAAGACGGCUGGGAUGAUUUUCGAUAAUGACAUCAAUGAUGUUAUCGUUAAGCCGCUUAAACCCGGGGUCAAACUUCAUGCCAUCGUCGAUGCUUGUCAUAGCGGAACCAUUCUCGAUCUAGAGCAUGUCUAUAGCAGAGACAAAAGACUAUGGAUUGACAAUAAAUCACCAUCGCGUGCCAACAAAAGCCCGAUUGGAGGAGUAGCAAUUUCAUUGAGCGCCUGCGCAGAUAAUAAAAUGGCUGUGGAUACGACGGCAUUUUCAAGAAACGCGACGGAUGGCGCUUUAACGUACAUUUUCACAAAAAUAAUGAAGGAGAAAGGCGGGAAAGUAACGUAUGCUGAGUUGCUUAAUGAGAUGCAGAAAAUGAUUGAAUCUGUGAAUGAUUCAUUAUGCUUGAAAUCAUCCCUGAUCAAAAGACUUUUCAGAAACAAGAUAGUUCAGGAGCCUCAGAUAUCAGCUUCACAAGUGAUUGACAUAAACGGGUACCUGAAUUUGUAGGAACGAUGACAUUUUCAAAUAAUCUUCUGUUGUUUGCAGUUUUUCCUGUUAUGAUUUU